AUGUCUCGUGUUGAGGAAAUGAUUAGUCGCUUUGGAAAAAGAAAAGAAGUUCCCGUUGAUUUGCCAACGAAAAAGAAAUCGAAAGUGGCUCCUCAAUCUAAGAAACUCGAAAUUCGUCGUCAGCUGCCGCAGACUGCUAUGAUUCGAGGAGAACUUGUCACAGAACAACCGCCUGCUCAUGAAAUUGUUGUGCCAAAGUCUUCACAAUUUCAAAACGAAAGUGAUGAUGAUACUGGGAUGUAUGAAGACACGGAAAUUGAUGUGGAACACGAAGAAGAAGUUCAAGAAGAGCAAAUCCAUGACCGCACUAAAAGAGGCGAAAGUUCGUCAAGCUCUAUGAGCUCAAAAUCUGGCAACUCGGUUGACACGUUAUCUAAUAAAAAGACCGCGGGCACGUUCUGUCCAGUGGAAGUUGGAUUCGAAGUUAUCGGCACUCCAGCAGAGUUGAUGCCUUCGUUGAACAAACGCGUGUCACAGCUGAUGAACACGAGACUCGACGUGGACUGCCGUGCUUUGGAAGAAGUUUUGGUGGCUGAGACAGUGACUACGGAAAAUGUGAAGUGUGUCGCAGCGGGAGUCAUUGGAGCUAUGAAAUCUGUUCCGUUGUUACCUCUUUUGAUAAUAAACUUCAGUGGAAUCCAAAGAUUAUUUCCUUUAAAACGUUUGGUCUGGAAUAAUAAAUGCAAAAAAGUCGAUGAACUACUUAAUUAGCGUCGCAACUAGUUCUCACACGCGCAAGGUUGGCUAAACAGGUCGAAAACUAAUUGCGGAAGCGGAAUUUCAGUCGAAAAUUCAAAAUUUGGAAGAUGUUAUUGCCAGGAUCAAAAGCAGAAGUGUUGUGGAAGCAGUGGCCAC